CCGUGCCCCUUAUUCCUGUCGUUUGUUCACGUCUCACAUCUCGACCGGAACAGCACGUCAAGGGAAUCGUUUUCGUCUCCUACUUAAGUCCCAUUGUUCGUGGGCUUGCCACAGUCGGGGACUUCUGCAUCCGGUGUACGCGGCGCUCCUUUCGGUCCAGAAUGCUGCCCUGCAAGCUUGGGGGGUUGGUGCCCCUCACCCUGCUCGUCGUGGUCAGCGGGCUGCCCUCUGCUAACAGCCAAGUCCAGUCAGGAUCAGUCGUGAGCGUGAACCCAGUCACGGGACUCGUGAACCCGAUCGGGGGCAUCACGGACCCGCUCCUGAGCAUCCUAAACCCAGCGGUGGAGGUGGUUGCCGGACUGGCGCCCAUCCCCGGCGCCUUGCUCGGUGCCGUGUCGCCCUACACGGCUGUACUCAACCCGCUGCUUCAGACCGCGCUACUGCAGAACAACAUCACGCAGUUCUCCUCAGACAUCGUGACAAACCUCUCGGCCUUGGUGGCUCUAGUUGCCAACGCCGCGCUGCCUGUGCCCCCGUACCUCCGGCCGGACCAGGAAGCGCCGAAAUUCGGCUUUGUCGGAGAGGCCUACAACGUGACGACUUCGGACGGCUACAUCCUUGGAGUGUUCCGAGUUCGUAACGGAACGUGCCGCUCGUAUCGUUCUGUGGUUAUUAUCCCGCCAGGGAUCCUUUCCAAUGCGGCUUCCUUCAUCUACAUCAAGGAAAACAGCCUGGUAUACCGUCUUGCGCGAGAAUGUAACGACGUUUGGCUGUUCACUUUCCGAGGUUACUUAUUUGGACGUGGUCACACACUUCUCAGCGACACCAGCUCUGCAUUCUGGGACUUCUAUGCGUACCACUGGGGCGUCUACGACCUGCCGACCCAGAUAGAGUUCGUCUACCGGAAGACGAACAGCACCACAAUGCGCUACUUCGGCGUGGACCAGUCCGGCACCGCCCUGCUCUUCAUGAACCACGUGCACGGCCAGCGAUACCAGAGGUUCCUGGCAGGCACCUACCUGCUCGCUCCCAUCGGCUACCUCGGACGUCUCAGGUCCUUGGUCUUCGACGCAAUGGCCGUUCUGCGCGACGGCCUCACGGCUGCCGGAGCAUUGGUGCUGCACAACGAACUGGCCUUCAUGAACCCAGCCAUACACUCGGUCCUGUACAACUUGUGUGGCCGCAUCGCCCCCAUCACAUGUUACUACAUUUUCCAGAUCCUCGGAGGAAACAGCAGAGAGAUCAACUACCCUUUCUUCCCCUACGCGUUUGCGAACUUACUGGACAGUACGUCGAUAACUGCUUUUAACUAUUUCCUUCAACAAGUUGGCAGAAUUAAGUACAUGAAGUAUUACGACUACGGGCCGGCUGAGAACUUGAGGCGAUACAACCGAACCACCCCUGAAAACGUCAACAUCAAUGCGACCACUGUGCCAUGCAACUUCUACGCCCUCGGCAGCGACACUGUGACUGUGCCAGAGGACGUCCUCGACACCUGGAACGCCCUGGCUCCGUCUGCCCGCGCGACUUACCAAGUGCUGGACAAGUACAACGGCGUCAGUCCUUUCGUGCCGGUCGACUCGGAGGGCCUCUACGGUCCGAUGAUCCGCCAGUUGAACGCCGACCUGGCGCGGGGCGCUUAAUUUGGAAGAUCCUGCGACGUCUUCUGUUUUACAAUACAAUAAAAACAAUUGAAUUACUAAACAUAGAAAA